AUGGAAAUUGAAGUUACAAGGAGUUUGAAAUUUUUUUGUCUCUGUUUGGUACAAAAGAAGGAAGAGAAAAAUUUGGUGAUUUUUUUUUUUUCUUUGGUUGUCAGAAUAGAGGCAACCAAAAAAAAGUUUACAACACGAUCACUAUCACCACCACCACCACCACUACCAACGAUCAUCAAUAAUACCAUGAGUUCAAAAUAUACUGCAGUUGAACCAGAUGAACCAUUUGAUGAUGUGUCAUCAUUACCAUCAUAUGCAACUACUGAUCCAGUAAAUUCACAAUCUACAAGAACUGCACCAACUCCUCAGAGUUAUGCUCAAGGUCCAAUGGAGCCUCAACAACCCAUUGAAUCAUCUUCUACAGAUCAACAACAACAACCACAAACAUUAAUGGAAAGAUUAAAACAAUCAUCUCAUCCAAUUGCUUUAUUUUUCUAUAUAUUCUUCAGGGUAUCACCAGUUGUUAUUUAUAUAUUUGGUAAUAUUAUUAUUAAUCAAGUCACAACCAAGAAUACAUUUAUAUUACAUUUCAUUGUAUUGAUUUUAUUAAUAGCAGCAGACUUUUGGAAUUUAAAAAAUAUAUCCGGAAGAUUAUUAGUUGGAUUACGAUGGUGGAAUGAAACAAAUAUGAUUGAUCCAUCAACAUCUGAUGGUUCAAAAGAUUUUGAAAAUGUUUGGGUGUUUGAAAGUUCUGAUCCAAAUAGAUAUAUUAAUCCAAUUGAUUCAAAAGUUUUUUGGUUAUUAUUAUAUGGUCAACCACUUGCUUGGAUAUUAUUGGCAUUUUUAGCAUUUUUGAAAUUUGAAUUUUUAUAUAUGUUAUUAUUAAUUGUUGCUAUUACUUUAUCAAUGACUAAUGCUUUGGCUUUUACUAAAUGUGAUAAAUUUGGUAAAGCUAAUAAUUUUGCUAAUGAUAUUUUUUCAAAAGCUACUGGAUCAAUAUUUUCAAGAUUCAAUCCAUUUAAUAGAUAA